CUAUCCACAGGACGAGAUAGUGGCAAGGGCAGAAAGGUACGUACUCAAAGGGGGGGUCUUCGAAGAGCAACCGCAACUCCAGGGAAGUUCAGGAGUCCAUGGGGGGGGGCCAGGCCCCGGGAGUAUGUCCGUCUCAGAAGGUGAAGAGGACAUCGUGAGAUCGCCGAUUUGCCGGAACGCGGAGAGGCGGAGGCGGCGUAUUUCUCAGAGGCGAAAGGCUUGGAAUUCAGGACAGUUUUCGCAACUUCCGCUGUGCGAGCGGCCGUCGUUCCCUCAGUCAAUUCACAACUGAGAGAAAGGCCAGAGUUCCCGUUCUCUCUCCCCCUAACUUCAACUUCAUCAAAGCGUCUUUGUCGUCGGCUUCCCAGCGCUCCCAAGGAAACCACUUCAAGUUUUCGUUGACUUUACUCGUUGCAAUGGCGACACCUUCAGCUCCAGUUGCAACCGAAAUUCCGCAAAAGCGGGUGGCGGUCGUAGGCUCGGGCUUGGCAGGCCUGAGCGUCGCAUAUCUGCUAGCCUCCAACGGCUUCGUCGUGCAUAUCUACGAGAAGGGCCCUAGGCUGGGUCUCGCCGCCGCGAGCAUAAUUGUGCGAGUCCCCGCUGAAAACGCUGGUCAGGACAGGAAUGGACACAUUGGCGAAGAAGACCUUAUAAUGGACGUUCCCAUGCGGUCGUUUUUCCCAGAACACUACUCAUACCUCACUGCAUUAUACAAGCACCUUCAUAUUCCAUAUCACACAUCCGAUAACAGCAUAUCGUUCUCUGAAUACCGCUCCGCCGACCUCUUUGGCGUCGACGGAAGGUCGCCAUGGCGGGCUCUAAAAACGGUCGCCGGCUACUUGAAGUUUUUGGCGAUUGUUCAAUAUUUGUCACUCACGGGCAAGAUAAGAUCAGAGCUGGAAGGACUUACGUUGGACGACUUUUGGGUGCGGUAUGGCAUAUCAAGAGAGUACGUUGAGGGCGCCUUCAUACCGCUGUUCUGUGGUGUGUGUACUUGCGAGAGCGACACUCUGGGACAGUUUCCCGCCGUCACCAUACUAGAGUAUGUUUCCCGAGCCAUGCCGUUCGGUCGCAUGUCGUUCGUGACACCUGGAGUAGAGUCCGUGUGUGAGGCGCUGACCCAGCCUGUACAACAAGUCUAUCUGCGAACGGCGGUAGCCGGCAUCUAUCAGUCUUCGAGUUCACCGUCUUUGGAGAAGCAGAAUCGUUUCCCCACGCCACCACCAGAUGAUACUCUGACAACUACAGGCACAGGGAAGGUGACCGUGGAGACGACAGAGGGGAUACGGCGGCGAUAUGACCAUGUCGUGUUUGCAACACAAGCAAACCAGGCUGCACGUAUCCUAAAGGGUACCGCCGGUGUACCUCUUGACGGUGAUGCGAAGAUCACCGCAGAUCAAAUUCGAUUGCUGGAACGCUUCCAGUACGCGAAAAGCAUCGUGACAUGCCAUACUGACGCAUCGCUCAUGCCGCAGAACGAGUCAAUGUGGCGAUGCAUGAACUUCUUCACCCACACGGGCAUUGAUGACGCCACAUCAACGGACGCGGAUAGUACAUCCACCGACAACAGCGCAGACUUCCAAUUCCCCUACGCAACCCACAAAACCCCAACCUGCACCCACUACUUCAACAUGUCCCACAACACCCGGAAGCCCAUCAAAGGCACUGACUAUUUCCAAACCACCAACCCCUACCGCAUGCCCGCGCCCGACAAGACGAUCGCCACAACAUGGUUCGAGCGCGCGGUGGUCACCCUCGAUUCCGCGAAAGCCGUCGACGACCUCUCGGCGUUGCAAGGGCUUGGAAGGCGGUGGUUUGUAGGCAGUUGGGCGUGGGAGGGGAUUCCACUUUUGGAAGGGUGCGUGGCGAGCGCGGUGGAGGUUGCAAAGGGGAUUGCUGAGCAGGAAGGCGUGGACGGGUUUUAUGUGCCGUGGAAUGUGCCGGCGGACUCGGUAGGGAAACAGGGACUGUUUUCGGGAUAUUGGAUUCUUUGGACGUUACUGGCGGUGGCGUGUGCGGCGUACUUGGCAUCGGUGAUAAUAUAG